UAAUAAAACUCCAAUCUUGGAACUCCCACUUUUCAAUUUUUUCAUCCAAAUUAACUAUCUUUAGUUAUUGUGUUUACUGUGUGUUUUGUUUAUCGCAUUAUUUUAUUGUUGUGUGGUUCUUGUUUUUUCCGCAUAGACUUUGCAAUGCUUUCCUUGUUAGUUGCUUAGAAUUGUUACACUUGAGUCGAGCGUCUUUUGGACACAACCUCUCUACCUCCACGAGGUAGUGGUAAGGACUGCGUACACUCUACUCUACCCAGACUUCACUUGUCGGAUUUCACUGGGCAUGUUGUACGUGGAAUUGCUACACUUGAGCCGAUGGUCUUUUGAAAACAGCCUCUCUACCUCCACGAGGUAGUGGUAAGGUCCGUGUAGACUUCACUUGUCAGAUUUCACUGGCUACGUUGUACUUGAAAUUGCUACACUUGAGCUGAGGGUCUGUCGGAAACAGCCUCGAUCUCUACCUCGACACGAGGUAGUGAAAGUCCUUUCAAGAUUUUCUGGGAAGUUAAGGAAGUUAAUCAAACAAGAGAAAAAGAAAACACAGAUAAAGAAUUCAGGUAUUGAGAUUCUUGAUUUCCCAGGUGGUUCAGAAGGGUUUGAACUAAUUUCAAGAUUCUGUUACAACAACAACAACAUUAAAAUCACUGUCUCCAAUGUUUGUCUCCUAUUUUGCUCAGCAAAUUUUCUUGAAAUGUCAGAAAAAUGGUCUUCUUGUAAUCUUUUGCAUCAAGCUGAGACCUUUCUUGAAGGAUUGUACUAUUGGUCAUGGCAUGACAUUGUGAAAUCCCUAAAGAGUUGUGAACUUUUUCUUGAUUAUGCAUGUUCUUGUGGGCUAAUUCAAAGACUUAUGACUUCAUUACUUGCCAAGAUUGCUCAAAAUUCAGAUAUUAGCACACUUUUUAGGGGCUCUGAACAGACAAAGUCAUGUUCUUGGUGGUUUGAGGAAAUGACCAUUUUGCCCCCAAGAAUGAUACAAGAGUUCUUGAGGACUUUAGGUGCUUUUGGUGGUGAAAACAACAGUUUACUUCUUACAAGAUUCUUGCUUUACUACAUAAAAACAUCAGCACAAGGUACUAACAAUGUGUUUUCAAGGAAUGAGUAUAGUGGACUUGCUGAUACAGUAGUUUACGGUGUUGUUUGUAUAGGGAAAACAGCAUUUUCUUGCAGAAAUCUUUUUGGGGUGUUGAGAAUUGUAUCUGGCUUUGGUAUUAGUAAAGAAUGUAGGGGUAGUUUGGAGAAAUUGAUAGGUGGAAUGCUUGAUCAAGCAACAUUGGAUGAUAUACUUGUUUGUGGUGGUGGUGGUCAUAAUGGAGGUGUUUAUGAUGUGAAUCUUGUAAUGAGAUUGAUUAGAGUUUUUGUCCAUCAACAACAACUACAUACUCAGUGUACGCAGUCCGUACCACUACCUCAGUAUCAUCGUCAUGAUGAUGAUAAAGUUUCAAUGACAAAAUUGAGAAAAGUUGGAAGGUUGAUUGAUAAGUAUUUGAGAGAGAUUGCACCAGAUCAAAGUCUUAAAAUAUCAAAGUUUCUUGGUGUUGCUGAAAGUUUACCAGAUCAUGCAAGGGAUUGUUUUGAUGGGGUCUACAGAGCCAUUGAUAUCUAUCUUGAGUCUCAUCCAGCUCUUUCAUUAGAGGAAAGAUCAAGAUUAUGCAGAUGUCUAAACUAUGAGAAACUAAGCUUAGAAGCAUGCAAGGACUUGGCAAAGAAUCCAAGAAUUUCACCAAGAAUUGCUGUGAAAGCACUUGCAUCUCAGAGUUGUUCAACCAUUCCAACAAUAAAAGACAACAAUAGCCAACUGGUUUUGUACAAGACAAACAAGAGUGAUCAUCAAAGUUCAAGCACUUCAAGUGAUCAUCAGAGUUUGCAAGAAGAGGAACAUGAGUAUAUGAGGCUACAUUUACAAAAGAUGCAAUGGAGAGUUGUGGAGUUGGAAAAAAUAUGCAAAGAUAUGAAAGGUCAAAUGACUAAAAUGGUUAAGAAUGGGACUCAUACUAAAGCUUUGCCUAGGCUUUGUAGAAGUCAGUACUUCUGAAAAAAACAGGAAAAAAAAUACAUGUUCAUAAUUCACAUGUAGCGGUGGAGUGCUAAGUAUUCUUUCGCCCUUAACCACAGGUUUUGGAUUCGAGCUCCGAGUGUGGAAUCACCUUUAUUAAGAAGCGUUUUUGGGCCCCUCAGUGUGGGACUUCCCGGCUUGGAUCCGGCUUAAGUCAAGUCUCAAUGCGGGUACUGGAUACCACAUGGGAAACCAAAAAAAUGAAAGAUAAUUCACAUGGGAUAUUCCAUUUCCCCCCUUUUUCUACUGUAUGUAAAAGUAUGAAGUGUUAUAUUUCUUUCUAGAUUAUUUGCAUGUAAAGUUCCUUUUCAAUUUAAAAGUUCUCACUUUGUACAA